AUGAGCAGCGAGACGGGACCCACAGGGCCUAACCCGGGCUCUCCGCCGGCGGUCCAUCUUCCAGUUCCGGAGGAUCCGGCGGCCUCGGAGGAGGAGGAGGAGGAGGAAGGGGAGCAGCCACAGGGGCGGAGACUGUGGCAAUCGGGGCAGAGGCAGAGCAGGCGAUCUCGAAGGCAGGCAGAGCAGACUCCGCUGGGAGACCUAAGCGAGUGCCUGCAGCAUCUCCACUCGGCCUCCUCCUCCAGGAAGCACACGGAAGAGAAAGAGGAGGAGGCGGCGGCGGCUCGGGUUCGAAGAGGAAAGGGGGUUUCCGCCGCCAGAGAGAGAGAGAGAGAGAAAGAGGAGGAGCGUUCCUCUAUCACCGCCACCCGCAGUCAGCACUGCCUCCGGCCUCCUCGCCGGCUGACGCUGCCAAAGGACCGGACUUCCGCCUCUCCUUCUCCUCCUCUCGCCAUAGCCACCGCCGGCAGCCACCGCUGCCCUCUCCCGCGGCCACAGUCGCCGCCGGCAGCCACCGCUGCCCUCUACCGCGGCCACAGCCGCCGCCGGCAGCCACCGCUGCCCUCUCCCGCGGCCACAGUCGCCGCCGGCAGCCACCGCUGCCCUCUACCGCGGCCUCAGCCGCCGUCUUUAGUAGAUAUCGUCACCUUCCAGGUAGCCACAGCUUGGUACUAG